CUGGGCACUUACCAAGCUCCCCUCAGUGUACAAUGUUACACUAUUAAUAGAUCCUCCUCUCGAUAUAUUAAAGUCUGGAAGGAGAUAUGAGAAAUGUCCCAGAAUCUGGUCAGGCAGGCCGACGGGGAUGUAUACUUUAAAACACAGACAGGUUUGGAAAUCGCCCCCGUGCAUUAGUUGAACCGGCCGAGAGGAACGGCAGGCGGGAGCAACGGUGCUGUUUACAGGAAAGGCAGCACGACAUCCAGGAUGCCUGGAAGGAGACGAGGCCGAGGUGGCAACGGCCAACAACAACAGGCCCAGCAGAACCAAAGGGGAGGCCCUCGCAGGGCUUUGCGGGAGCCGGCUGCUUUUGCCAAGUCUACAGGUUGUGAAACAGAUACCCCCCAUGAAAAGCUGACAAUUUCCCAAGCACGGAGGGGCACACCAGCUCAUCGUCCGGUGCGAGUCUACGCUGAUGGAAUCUUUGAUCUUUUUCACUCUGGGCACGCUCGAGCUCUGAUGCAGGCCAAAAAUGUGUUUCCCAACACUUAUCUGAUAGUAGGAGUCUGCAGUGAUGAACUCACCCACAAGUUUAAAGGCUACACGGUGAUGACAGAGGAUGAACGCUACGAAGCCCUGAGGCACUGCCGCUACGUUGACGAGGUGGUACGGGACGCUCCCUGGACCCUUACCGCAGAGUUCCUCAAGAGACACAAGAUUGACUUUGUGGCCCAUGAUGAUAUCCCAUACACCUCUGCUGGAUCAGAGGACGUUUAUAAACACAUUAAGGAAGCAGGGAUGUUUGUGGUCACUCAGAGGACAGAGGGCAUCUCCACAUCUGAUCUGAUCACUCGCAUCGUCCGAGACUACGAUAUCUAUGUUCGACGCAACCUGCAAAGAGGAUACACUGCCCGAGAACUAAAUGUUGGAUUCAUUAAUGAGAAGAAGUACCGGCUCCAGAACCAGGUAGACAAGAUGAAAGAGACAGUCCGAACGGUGGAGGAGAAGUCCAAACACUUUGUCUACAGAGUGGAGGAAAAGAGCCAAGACCUCAUCCACAAGUGGGAAGAGAAGUCACGAGAAUUCAUUGGAAACUUCCUGGAGCUUUUUGGACCUGAUGGAGCCUGGCACGCAAUUCAGGAGCGGAGUGGCCGUAUGCUUCAGGCCCUGUCACCCUACUCUUCACCCCGUGGCUCCCCGAGCAGCAGCCCCACCAGACGACGCUCGGUUUCUCCCGACUCCUCCCCUGCAUCUGCCUCUGCCUCCCCGUCUCCCUCCUCUCUCUCCCCUCCUUCUUCUCCAUCCUCCCCCACCUCACCAAAAAAGGGGACACGCCCCUCUCUCAAAUCUGCCUCCACAUACAGUAGACAUGUUCAGUGAAUUCCUCAUAUUAAUGUCAUCUUUACUUGUCCUCUUAGAGGCUAUUGGUCAUUAAUUUGGUACAUAAUAUAUCUAUGGGGGCUAUUAAUAAAAUUAACAAAGAAAGAGGAAGUACUUUAUUGCUAGUUUAUUCAAGUGCAAGUGCAAUAUAUUAUAAUGUACAUAAUGUUUCUUCACUGAAAAUAAAAGGAAAAGAACAUUAAAAUUUA